AGAUCACAAGACUAACCAUAGACAAACGUAUUUAUCAUUUACUUCUGUCAUCAGGUGAUUGGGAUAGUGAGCCUGAAAUCCUGAAGAGGGAAAAAACGCAAAAUAUAACGGGUUUAUAAUGUCUGGAAAAGACAAAUUACCUAUUUUCCCUUCUCGGGGGGCUCAAAUGUUAAUAAAAGGGCGUUUGGCUGGUGCAGUCAAAGGCCAUGGUUUGCUGAAAAAGAAGGCUGAUGCUUUACAAGUCAGAUUCCGUAUGAUCUUGGGCAAAAUUAUUGAGACUAAAACCCUUAUGGGUGAAGUGAUGAAAGAGGCAGCAUUUUCCCUGGCAGAAGCAAAGUUCACGACAGGUGACUUCAAUCAAGUGGUGUUGCAGAAUGUGACUAAAGCUCAGAUAAAGAUACGUUCUAAGAAGGACAAUGUUGCUGGUGUAACUCUCCCAAUCUUUGAGUCUUACCAAGACGGCUCGGACACGUACGAGCUGGCGGGUCUGGCCCGAGGUGGACAGCAGCUGGCUAAGCUCAAGAAGAACUUCCAGAGUGCUGUCAAGCUGCUGGUUGAGCUUGCAUCGCUGCAGACGUCAUUCGUCACCCUGGACGAAGUUAUCAAGAUCACCAAUAGGCGUGUCAAUGCUAUUGAGCACGUGAUUAUACCCAGACUUGAGCGCACACUGGCUUACAUCAUCUCCGAGUUGGAUGAGCUGGAGCGAGAGGAGUUCUACCGGCUGAAGAAGAUCCAGGACAAGAAGAAAAUCAUCAAAGAAAAGGCAGAAGCGAAGAGACAAGAGAUGUUGAAAUUGGGAAUGGACGUGCGCGACGAAGCCUCGAACCUGCUCGACGAACAAGAGGACGACGUUCUCUUCUAAAUUAUUCGUUUGUCCGUUUGUACAACGUACACUCAUAAACCGUUAGACAGUCAAGUAUAUGGCAACGCACAUUUAUGUAGCUCUGUUUUCAAUUCCGACAAAAAAUUACAG